GGGCGGCAAAAGCAAAAACAUCAAUGAAGGCGUAAGAAACAGUUAAAAAAGCGACGCAAAGCAGAGGUUUUGUACUGCGCCAUUGCCAGUUGCCAUUUGCCACCCUCGCUCGAUUAAUUCUCCCUCCAGUCCCCCACGCCUCUUCCCAUUGCCACCGCCGCUCCGCUCCAAGAAGCGCACUUCACUCGCUUCCCCCAAAGCCAGCAACUGAGCCGCCGCACGCAAAGAAAGGGAGGCUGCCGGAGCGGAGAGGCGCGUGCGUGGCCCCAACCAAGGCUGGCCAUGGUGCCGCCCCUCGUCGCCGGCGGCGGCCUGCUGCUCGCCGCCUUCGUGGCAUUCUCCCUCGCGGCCUCCUCGGCCAAUGCCGCCGUCUCCUACGACCACCGCUCCCUCCUCAUCAACGGCCGGCGCCGCAUCCUCAUCUCCGGCUCCAUCCACUACCCGAGAAGCACACCAGAGAUGUGGCCGGGGCUCAUCCAGAAGGCCAAGGACGGCGGCCUCGACGUCAUCCAGACCUACGUCUUCUGGAACGGCCACGAGCCGGUGAAGGGCCAGUACUACUUCAGCGACCGGUACGACCUGGUCCGGUUCGUGAAGCUGGCGAAGCAGGCCGGCCUCUACGUCCACCUCCGCAUCGGCCCCUACGUCUGCGCCGAGUGGAACUUUGGUGGCUUUCCUGUUUGGCUCAAGUAUGUGCCCGGCAUCAGCUUCAGGACAGACAAUGGCCCGUUCAAGGCAGAGAUGCAGAGGUUCGUUGAGAAGAUUGUGUCCAUGAUGAAAUCCGAGAGGCUGUUCGAAUGGCAAGGCGGUCCGAUCAUCAUGUCUCAGGUGGAGAACGAGUUUGGGCCGAUGGAGUCUGUCGGGGGCAGCGGCGCCAAGCCGUAUGCGAACUGGGCUGCCAAGAUGGCUGUCGCGACCAACACCGGCGUGCCAUGGGUGAUGUGCAAACAAGAAGACGCCCCAGACCCCGUGAUUAACACUUGCAAUGGCUUUUACUGUGAUUACUUCACCCCAAACAAGAAGAACAAGCCGACCAUGUGGACCGAGGCCUGGACCGGGUGGUUUACGUCGUUCGGAGGGGCGGUCCCUCACCGGCCGGUGGAGGACAUGGCCUUUGCGGUGGCCAGGUUCAUACAGAAGGGUGGCUCCUUCGUCAACUACUACAUGUACCACGGAGGAACCAACUUUGGACGUACCGCGGGCGGUCCCUUCAUCGCAACCAGCUACGAUUACGACGCCCCGAUCGACGAAUAUGGUUUGCUUAGGCAGCCGAAAUGGGGUCACUUGAGGGACCUGCACAAAGCCAUCAAGCAGGCUGAGCCUGUACUGGUCUCUGGUGAUCCGACUGUCCAGUCGCUAGGGAACUACGAGAAGGCAUACGUCUUCAAGUCGAAGAAUGGAGCUUGCGCCGCGUUCCUGUCAAAUUACCACAUGAAUGCUGCAGUGAAAGUCAGGUUCAAUGGGAGACACUAUGACCUCCCUGCUUGGUCCAUCAGCAUUCUGCCGGACUGCAAAACAGCGGUUUUCAACACCGCGACGGUGAAGGAGCCAACACUGCUGCCAAAAAUGCAUCCGGUGGUGCGGUUCGCUUGGCAGUCGUAUAGCGAGGACACAAACUCACUCGACGGCAGCGCCUUCACGAAGAAUGGCCUGGUUGAGCAGCUGAGCAUGACAUGGGACAAGUCAGACUACCUGUGGUACACCACAUACGUCAACAUUGGUGCCAAUGAGCUCGCAAAGAACGGCCAAUGGCCUCAGCUCACCAUCUACUCCGCUGGGCACUCGAUGCAAGUCUUCGUCAACGGAAAAUCAUACGGUUCUGUUUAUGGCGGUUACAACAACCCGAAGCUGACGUAUGACGGGCAUGUGAAGAUGUGGCAAGGGAGCAACAAGAUCUCCAUCCUGAGUUCAGCAGUUGGCCUUCCUAAUGACGGGAACCAUUUCGAGAGGUGGAAUGUCGGCGUCCUCGGGCCGGUGACCGUCUCCGGGCUAAAUUCGGGGAAGAGAGACCUGAGCCAUCAGAAAUGGACAUAUCAGGUUGGCCUGAAAGGCGAGUCGCUGGGGCUCCACACCGUCGCCGGAAGCUCCUCCGUGGAGUGGGGCGGUCCUGGUAACAAGCAGCCACUGACCUGGCACAAGGCCUUGUUCACCGCGCCGGUGGGGAGCGACCCGGUGGCGCUGGACAUGGGGAGCAUGGGGAAGGGGCAGAUGUGGGUGAACGGCCACCACGUCGGCCGGUACUGGUCGUACAAGGCCCCCUCCGGCGGCUGCGGCCGGUGCAGCUACGCCGGGACGUACCGCCAGGACAAGUGCCGCUCCAACUGCGGCGAGCUCUCCCAGAGAUGGUACCACGUGCCGCGCUCGUGGCUGAAGCCGGGCGGCAACCUGCUGGUGGUGCUGGAGGAGUACGGCGGCGACCUCGCCGGCGUCGCCAUGGCCACGAGAAGGACGACAUGAGCUCACAAAGAUACUACUAGUAGUAGUACCACCGCCCUGCUGAUUGGUUCGUUUCAUUUCUUGACGAUACAUACGUACCGUACCGCGAUGGACGUGUCACGUGAGCUCGUCCACUUCGCGGUGUCUACACACAGGAACAAACAGUGCCAAGCUAGAGAUUUUUUAGUAGAGGUGGAGAAGAGAGAGAGGGCCAGGGAGAGGGAUGGUAUUGAUAGCGCAGAGCGGAAGGGGUGGUGGUUGGCCAUCAGUGCGGCUGCGGCUGCAGGAAGGGGCAUGUGCAGUGCGCCUGCAAUCAAUCAGCCAGCUUUCGAUCAAGUUUUCUUCUUCACGUGACUCAGGGAUACCCAGUAGUAGAGUAUUGUGCAUGAGGUAUUCAAUUGUUUGUUACCGCUCGUGACAACCUUUUUGUACCACACAACUUGUGUUGCAGGUGUGGCCAACAUUUGUAGCCUGGUUUCCCGAAGGAUAAUAAUAAGUAAACAACCCCAACAUUUGUCCA